AUGAGCUCAUGUUCGAGGGAAAGUGGAACCAGGUCAGGCCUUAGACGAGUGGAGACAGACGGGGCAGACACAUCAUUUAGGCCAAGGAUAGAAGCCAAGGAUAGAAGCGCCAUUCUUCUGCUCCAGUCCUCGUGUAUCAUGUUCUACUACUCAAAGCCUCUCUUACUGGUUAUCCUCAUUGUGCUGCUCAACGGUAGGCCAUCUUCCUCUGUCUAUGUACUGUAGAUGUAGCCCGCUAUUAUGGCAGUGACUGUGUAUGUUCUGAUCAAAUUAUUAUUUAUAAAACAUUCCUGAUCAGUGAAGUUAUGAGUUCAGACUUAAACUAUAAGAAAAGGAACUUUAGUAACCCAACUCUUUAUCAUCGAACUCACAGGUUCAAUGAGUAGCACAGAGUAUGUAGGGCGGCAGGUAGCUUAGUGGGUAAGAGCGUUGUGCCAGUAACCGAAAGGUCGCUGGUUCUAAUCCCCGAGCCGACUAGGUGAAAAAUCUGUCGAUGUGCCCUUGAGCAAGGCACUUAACCCUAAUUGCUCCUGUAAGUUGCUCUGGAUAAGCGCGUCUGCUAAAUGACCAAAAAAAAAAAAAAAAAAAAAAAAUAUGUAUAGUAUGUUUGUCUCGGAACAACCAAGAUUGUAUGGGCUGUAUAAUUAAUCCAAUGUAAUUCAAGAUUCACCAUAAAUUCAAACCCACAGAUGUCUCUAUUCACGUGAACUGUUUUUUUUGUGACUUUUAGCUUGUGGAAAAUGUGACAAGGUGACAAUGAAAAGUUUUCGAUAGUAUUUCUUUGAUUUGGGGUAGGCAUAUAUACAGUGCCUUCAGAAAGUAUUCACACCCCUUUACUUUUUCCACAUUUUGUUGUAUUACAGCCUGAAUUUAAAAUUAAUUAAAUUGAGAUUUGUGUCACUGGCUUACACACAAUACCCCAUAAUGUCAAAGUGGAUUUAUGUUUUUAGACAUUUUUACUAAUUAAUAAAAAAUUAAAAGCUGAAAUGUCUUGAGUCAAUAAGUAUGCAACCCCUUUGUUAUGGCAAACCUAAAUAAAUUCAGGAGUAAAAAUGUGCCUAACAAGUCACAUAAUAAGUUGCAUAGACUCACUCUGUGUGCAAUAAUAGUGGUUAACAUGAUUUUUACAUGACUACCUCAUCUCUGUACCCCACACAUACAAUUACAGUGCCUUCCGAAAGUAUUCACACACCUUGACUUUUUUCCACAUUUUGUUGUAUUACAGAGUGGGAUUACAAUUAAUUUAAUUGUCUUUUUGUUGUCAAUGAUCUACACAAAAUACUCUGUAAUGUCAAAGUGGAAGAAAAUAUCUAACUUUUUUUAAAAUGAAAAACAUAACACUAAUAUAUCUUGAUUAGAUAAGUAUUCAACCUCCUGGGUUAAUAAAUGUUAAAAUUACCUUUGGCAGCGAUUACAGCUGUGAGUUUUUCUGGGUAAGUCUCUAAGAGCUUUCCACACAUGGAUUGUGCAACAUUUCCCAUUAUUAUUUUAAAAAUUCUUCAAGCUCUGUCAAAUUGGUUGUUGAUCAUUGCUAGACAACCAUUUUCAGGUCUUGCCAUAGAUUUUCAAAUAGAUUUAAGUAAAACAUUUAACUGGGACACUCAGGAACAUUCACUGUCUUCUUGGUAAGCAACCAGUGUAGAUUUGGCCUUGUGUUUUAGGUUAUUGUCCUGCUGAAAGGUGAAUUAAUCUCCCAGUGUCUGGUGAAAAGCAGACUGAACAAGGUUUUCCUCUAGGAUUUUGCCUGUGCUUAGCUCCAUUCCGUUUCCUUUUUAUCCUGAAAAAUUCCCCAGUUCUUAACAAUUACAAGCAUACCCAUAACAUGAUGCAGCUACCACUAUGCUUGAAAUAUGGAGAGUGGUACUCAGUAAUGUGAUGUAUUGGUUUUGCCCCAAGCAUAACACUUUGUAUUCAGGACAAAAAUUGAAUUGCUUUGCGACAUGUUUUGCAGUAUUACUUUAGUGCAUUGUUGCAAAUAUCCAUUUGAGCAUGGUGAAGUUAUUAAUUACACUUUGGAUGGUGUAUCAAUAUACUCAGUCGCUACAAAGAUACAGGCAUCCUUUCUAACUCAGUUCCCAGAGAGGAAGGAAACUGCUCAGGGAUUUCACCAUGAGGUCAAUGACAACUUUAAAACAGUUACAGGGUUUAAUGGUUGUGAUAGCAGAAAACUGAGGAUGGAUCAACAACAUUGUAGUUACUCCACAAUACUAACCUAAUUGACAGAGUGAUAAGAAGGAAGCUUUUACAGAAUACAAAUAUUCUAAAACAUGCAUUCAGUUUGCAAUAAGGCAAUAAAGUAUAACUGCAAAAAAUGUGGCAAAGAAAUUAACUUAACAUCACUGAGUAGUACCACUCUUCAUAUUUUCAAGCAUGGUGGUGGCUGCAUCAUGUUAUGAGUAUGCUUGUCAUCGGGAGUUUUUUGGGGGUGUAAAAAGAAACGGAAUGGAGCUAAGCACAGGUAAAACCUGGUUCAGUCUGCUUUCCAAACAGACACUGGGAGACAAAUUAACCUUUCAGUAGGACAAUAACCUAAAACACAAGGCCAAAUAUACACUGGAGUUGCUUACCAAGAUGACAUUGAAUGUUCCUGAGUGGCCUAGUUACAGUUUUGACUUAAAUUGACUUGAAAAUCCAUGGCAAUACUUGGAAAUGGCUGCCUAGCAAUGAUCAACAACCAACUCGACAGAGCUUGAAGAAUUUAAAAAAGAACAAUGUGCAAAUAUUGUACAAUUCAGAUGUGCAAAGGUCUUAGAGACUUAUCCAGACAGACUCACAGCUGUAAUUUCUGCCAUAGGGGAUUCUAACAUGGAUUGACUCAGGGGUGUGAAUACUUAUGUUAAUUAUAUAUUUCUGUAUUUAAUUUUAAAUAAAUGUGCCAAUAUUUCUAAAAGCAUGUUUUCACUUUGUCAUUAUGGGGUAUUGUGUGUAGAUGGUUGAGAAAAAAAAUCAAUUCAAUCAAUUUUGAAUUCAGGCUGUAACACAACAGAAUGUGAAAUAAGUCAAGGGGUAUGAAUACUUUCUGAAGCUCUCAUACCUUCAACAGUGGCUUGCGAAAGUAUUCACCCCCUUGACAUUUUUCCUAUUUUGUUGCCUUACAACCUGGAUUUAAAAUAGAUUUUGGGGGGGGGGUUGUUUCAUUUGAUUUACACAACAUGCCUACCACUUUGAAGAUGCUAAAAUAUUUUUUAUCGUGAAACAAACAAGAAAUAAGACAAUAAAUACAGAAAGCUUGAGUGUGCAUAACUAUUCAUUUUUUCAGGCCACUCUUCCGUAAAGCCCAGUUCUGUGGAGUGUACGGCUUUAAAUGGUCCUAUGGACAGAUACUCAAAUCUCCGCUGUGGAGAUUUGCAGCUCCUUCAGGGUUAUCUUUGGUCUCUUUGUUGCCUCUCUGAUUAAUGACUUCUGAAUGUAAUUGGUUGCACCAGAUCUUAUUUAGGGGCUUCAUAGCAAAGGGGGUGAAUACAUGUGCCCGCACCACUUUUCCGUUAUUUAUUUUGUAGAAUGUUUUGGAACAAGUUAUUUUUUCCAUUUAACUUCACCAAUUUGGGCUAUUUUGUGUAUGUCCAUUACAGGAAAUCCAAAUAAAAAUCCAUUUAAAUUACAGGUUGUAAUGCAACAAAAUAGGAAAAACGCCAAGGGGGAUGAGUACUUUUGCAAGGCACUGUAAAAGGCAUUCCAUUUCCUUUCAUAUUUUUUUUCCACUUUGGUCCUAAAAUCUUAUUGUAUUGCUUUGUUUAAUUCUUCAAAUCCCUGUGAAUACAUUUUUGUCCAAGGAAUAUUUGUUUGUGGAUCAUAUCUCUAGUCAAUGAAAGCUGGUAACUGGGUUCCUGGGAAAAGACACAUAUACAGAAAAUAUACACAAUACUGUAUGCACAGUGAUGAAGUAUGUUUCUUAUAUGUUAUAUUGUACUUCUCUUUUCCUACUAGCACUGACUUUGCUGAUAACUUAUUUAUCGAGAAAAUAUGUACUUACUACGACUGUGAUAUGUAGUUGUCUCACUUGGCUAUCUUAACAUGAAUGCACUAACUGUAAGUUGCUCUGGAUAAGAGUGUCUGCUAAAUGACUAGAACAAACAUAGUUUUAUAUAUUAAAAUUAAGCAUUCAGCUUGAUGUUAAAGGCCCAUAACAAUAUGAAUCUACAAUAUGUGUAUGUUAUGCUAUCAGGUGGAGGUAGAUGUCACAGGUCAAAAAACAAACGUCUUGUGUACCUAAAUCAUCAGGUCAUGUCCUAACUUGUUGACUUCCUCUCUCUUUUCCAGGACAUAGCUGGGCAAAGGAAGUGGUAGGAAUCAUUGGUAAUGGGAUCACCAUCGACUUCUCAUUUCAUAACAUGUCCAAACCAUCUGCUUAUUCAAUUGGUCUUUACAAAGAUUCUAAAAAGAUCAGUGAGUGUAAUCAUAGUGUGCACAACUGUUGCUCACAAAGCCAAAGCUGCAUCUUUGAGAAUAAAAAGGCCUCUUUCUGCAUCCGAAAUCUGACAUCAGUUGACAACGGAACGUAUUGGAUCACGUUGUUCCAAACCAAUAGAGAUCCUCCCAUGCUAAAAAGCAAUAAGGUGUCGCUUAUCCUUCAAUCGGAUGGUAACACCACAGGUAGGCUAUAAGAUUGCUCUCUUCACAGUAUAAUGUCUCAAACUAUUCUAAGUCAACGUCAAGCACAAGGGUUUCCAUGAUAUGUCACAUUAUGUUUUUUAUUUAUCUUAAAUGUCCCUCCAGCCUGUAUUGAACCCAGCUAAGUGUACAACCUUGUUUACAAGUACUAUCUGUUAAAAAUGCAAAACCAACCCAAGCAACCGUUUUAAAUGAGAUAACUAAUGACCUUUAAAGCUUUUGGUCAAGAUUGUUGACCUUGAAGAUUGAUGUUCUGGACAACAUGUUCUGGACCCUACUCUGCUUUACCGUGAUUUACUGUCGCAUCUAAGAGGCCAUUUUCUAUUCCAGAAUCUCCAUCAUGCACCCCUAUUGCCGCAGAAGACGAAACCCAUGCUUUCCCGAGUGGUAGUGGGAGGACUGUUCCUGUCCUGAUCAUCUUUGCUGUUUUGGGGGUACCCAUCAUAGCUCUGUUAAUGGGACUGCUUGGUUGGUUCUGCUGGACCCACAACAGGAGCCCAGGUAUUGAAGGGUCCUAUCAUUAUCCCUAGCCAUAGUAUCUAUUGUAGUUCUAAUUCCAGAUAGAUUAAGGCCUUCGUCCUUGUCCAUCGACUGCUUUCUUUCUGUACUUAAGUCGACACCUGGACCAAAGAUAAUAUGCCAUUUAGCAGAGGCUUUUAUCCAAAGCGACUUACAGUCGUGUGCAUACAUUUUUACGUAUGGGUGGUUCCGGGGAUCGAACCCACUACCCUGGCGUUACAAGCGCCAUGCUCUACCAAUUGAGCUACAGAGGACCACACAAAGAUCCAUCUUUAUUAUCUGAAACAUAGCCUUACAGUCUUAAUCAGUCAAAUAAUUUUGCUUGAUCAAACUGAUGAAUGGAGUAAUUCUUAAGGGAGCGGAAAUCAAUUGCGUUUUUUUUUUAUAAGCAUCAGUAGUUAGGUUUCCAUCCAAUUGGUGAUAGAUUUUCAUGCAAAUAUUCUAAAAUCCGCAUAAAAACAGUUUGCGCAUUUUCCCAUCAGAGAUGUGUUUCCAUCAAAUUGACUUGUUGCGGAUAAAAGGCUGUGCAUAAUCUAAUUAACCAAAAGUAAAAUUAUCUCGUGGAAGUUUGUCAUUUCCUGUUUUACUUCUGGGGGAAAUGCUGUUAACAAUUGUGAUUACCUUUGUGCAAAGGAAGGAUCCAUAAGUUUAAACUAGAGAUAUCUGUUUUUUUGCAUGGACUGCAUCUCAAUUCACCACAUCCGCCAAUGUCGGCCUUCCGCAUCUGCAGUGGAAGGUGACCGAGCUACAGUGGUGUUUGUCAGACCAUGAGACAUCCACAAAAAUCUGUCUUCUCACAAAAACGUCUGAGCUACAAACUAAUUUGACCACACUGUGGAAAGGAGAGACUCUCACGAACACGAUGGCGUUCUCCGUUUUGCUCUACGACCCCCACAAGUUUCAUGGGACUCGUCUGAAGGUAACCCAUACAAAUGAAUGGAAGUAUGGAGAUAGUUUUGUGCCAACAAAAACAAGGGGUUAAAUAUGUGUCCAAAAAAAUUAACUAUUUCCUUGCCUUUCUUAUAUCUCCUAGAUAAAGGACAGACACUUCAAAACCUUAUUCCUUAUUAUAGAUUUUUUGACUGUCUUUUUUGCCAUUUAUGAAUGUGUUAUUCAAUGCGUUUCCAUGGGCUAUAGUAGUAAAGCCCAAAUUCUAUAUUGUAUCCAAAAAAAUUUAUAAUUUUAUACCUAAAGGAGUACUAAAAUACUAAAUCAAAUAGCUAAAUGAUCCAUGGUAUAACCAUCUUAAAACAAUUCCAUAGAACCCCCCUAGACUUUUAGAGGUUCUAAUAAACUGCAUGCUUUCCCGAGUGGUAGUGGGAGGACCACACAACAUAUCAUCGUGUGACUCCAAGGUUACUUCAAUAUGAUGGUUAUUAUAUCAACAUUUGUGCAUAAAGGCAUUUCCACCACCAUUUCUUGCAUUGUUAAUUUUACAGACACAAAAAAUAUCCCGCCUUUUGUAGCGUAUUUUGUUGACAUUUGGAAAGUUUACAGACAAAUUUGCAGUUUCCAUCAGGCCUGUCAUUACAUUUUUUUAUCAGACAUGUACUUUAUUUUCAUAAAAACGUUGGAUGGAAACCUUGUUAGUGAGGUGAAAUACACCUCUCCGAAUGAGCCACUGUCGCAGUUUCACAUGCAUGACUCACGCACUUUGAUAUGAGCCUCCCUUAACCAGAGGAAAUAACCACCUACACAGAGAAUACAGAUUAGCACGGAGACAGGGAGAAAAAUUGCAAACUGUUUGUUUUCACAAACGCUGUCUCAAAGUCUCGUUUGUUUUUCCCCUGACCCACUUCAAAACAGAAGCAUCAUGUUUCUCUGAUGUGUUUUUCUGGUGUGUGUCCCCCUCCAUGUCAUGUUCUGUACGUCUUCAACAAAUGCCUUCUCAAGCAUCGCUAUGUACAGUGAGGGGAAAAAGUGUUUGAUCCCCUGCUGAUUUUGUACGUUUGCCCACUGACAAAGAAAUGAUCAGUCUAUAAUUUUAAUGGUAGGUUUAUUUGAACAGUGAGAGACAGAAUAACAACAAAACAAUCCAGAGAAAUGCAUGUCACAAAUUUAAAAAAAUGUUAUAAAUUGAUUUGCAUUUUAAUGAGGGAAAUAAGUAUUUGACCCCCCCUCAAUCAGAAAGAUUUCUGGCUCCCAGGUGUCUUUUAUACAGGUAACGAGCUGAGAUUAGGAGCACACUCUUAAAAGGAGUGCUCCUAAUCUCAGUUUGUUACCUGUAUAAAAGACACCUGUCCACAGAAGCAAUCAAUCAAUCAGAUUCCAAACUCUCCACCAUGGCCAAGACCAAAGAGCUCUCCAAGGAUGUCAGGGACAAGAUUGUAGACCUACACAAGGCUGGAAUGGGCUACAAGUCCAUCGCCAAGCAGCUUGGUGAGAAGGUGACAACAGUUGGUGCGAUUAUUCGCAAAUGGAAGAAACACAAAAUAACUGUCAAUCUCCCUCGGCCUGGGGCUCCAUGCAAGAUCUCACCUCGUGGAGUUGCAAUGAUCGGUGAGGAAUCAGCCCAGAAGUACAUGGGAGGAUCUUGUCAAUGAUCUCAAGGCAGCUGGGACCAUAGUCACCAAGAAAACAAUUGGUAACACACUACGCCGUGAAGGACUGAAAUCCUGCAGCGCCCGCAAGGUCCCCCUGCUCAAGAAAGCACAUAUACAUGCCCGUCUGAAGUUUGCCAAUGAACAUCUGAAUGAUUCAGAUGAGAACUGGGUGAAAGUGUUGUGGUCAGAUGACACCAAAAUGGAGCUCUUUGGCAUCAACUCAACUCGCCGUGUUUGUAGGAGGAGGAAUGCUGCCUAUGACCCCAAGAACACCAUCCCCACCGUCAAACAUGGAGGUGGAAACAUUAUGCUUUGGGGGUGUUUUUCUGCUAAGGGGACAGGACAACUUCAUCGCAUCAAAGGGACGAUGGACAGGGCUAUGUACCAUCAAAUCUUGGGUGAGAACCUCCUUCCCUCAGCCAGGGCAUUGAAAAUGGGUCGUGGAUGGGUAUUCCAGCAUGACAAUGACCCAAAACACACGGCCAAGGCAACAAAGGAGUGGCUCAAGAAGAAGCACAUUAAGGUCCUGUAGUGGACUAGCCAGUCUCCAGACCUUAAUCCCAGAGAAAAUAUGUGGAGGGAGCUGAAGGUUCGAGUUGCCAAACGUCAGGCUCGAAACCUUAAUGACUUGGAGAAGAUCUGCAAAGAGAAAUGGGACAAAAUCCCUCCUGAGAUGUGUGCAAACCUGGUGGCCAACUACAAGAAACAUCUGACCUCUGUGAUUGCCAACAAGGGUUUUGCCACCAAGUACUAAGUCAUGUUUUGCAGAGGGGUCAAAUACUUAUUUCCCUCAUUAAAAUGCAAAUUAAUUUAUAACAUUUUUGACAUGCGUUUUUCUGGAUUUUUUUGUUGUUAUUCUGUCUCUCACUGUUCAAAUAAACCUACCAUUAAAAUUAUAGACUGAUAAUUUCUUUGUCAGUAGGCAAACGUACAAAAUCAGCAGGGGAUCAAAUACUUUUUUCCCUCACUGUACCAGUAGAAAAGGCUUUCCAUCCAGCGACCUCCUCUGACUGAGGAAAGUGAUUGAUUGCAGAUACCACACCACUGCAAAUAUGAUCUGGAUUACUAACAUCCUUGGAUAUGAAUAGACUAACUUUUCCCAACUUCAAUUCUUCACACUGUAGGCCAUGAUGUUAUAUAAUCUUCACACUUUAGGCCAUGAUGUUAUAUAAUCUUCACACUGUAGGCCAUGAUGUUAGAUAAUCUUGCAUAUAUUAUACAAACUUUAUACUCUAGAAUAGUCUUGAUCUGGGUUACUUGCAGUUCCUGAAUGGAAAGUUCAAGAUACAGUUGAAGUCGGAAGUUUACAUCCAAUUAGGUUGGAGUCAUUAAAACUCAUUUUUCAACCACUCCACAAAUUUAUUGUUAACAAACUAUAGUUUUGCCAAGUCGGUUAGGACAUCUACUUUGUGCAUGACACAAGUAAUUUUUCCAACAAUUGUUUACAGACAGAUUAUUUCACUUAUAAUUCACUGUAUCACAAUUCCAGUGGGUCAGAAGUUUACAUACACUAAGUUGACUGUGCCUUUAUACUGCUUGGAAAGUUCCAGAAAAUUAUAUCAUGGCUUUAGAAGCUUCUGAUAGGCUAAUUGACAUAAUUUGAGUCAAUUGGAGGUGUACCUGUGGAUGUAUUUCAAGGCCUACCUUCAAACUCAGUGCCUCUUUGCUUGACAUCAUGGGAAAAUCCCAAAAAAUCAGCCAAGACCUCAGAAAUAAAAUUGUAGACCUCCACAAGUCUGGUUCAUCCUUGGGAGUAAUUUCCAAACACCUGAAGGUACCACAUUCACCUGUACAAACAAUAGUACACAAGUAUAAACACCAUGGGACCACGCAGCCGUCAUACCGCUCAGGAAGGAGACACAUUCUGUCUCCUAGAGAUGAACGUACUUUGGUGCGAAAGGUGCAAAUCAAUCCCAGAACAACAGCAAAGGACCUUGUGAAGAUGCUGGAGGAAACAGGUACAAAAGUAUCUAUAUCCACAGCAAAACAAGUACUAUAUCGACAUAACCUGAAAGGCCUCUCAGCAAGGAAGAAGCCCCUUCUCCAAAACCGCCAUAAAAAAGCCAGACUACGGUUUGCAAAUGGGGACAAAGAUCGUACUUUUUGGAGAAAUGUCCUCUGGUCUGAUGAAACAAAAAUAGAACUGUUUGGCCAUAAUGACCAUCGUUAUGUUUGGAGGAAAAAGGUGUGCUUGCAAGCCGAAGAACACCAUCCCAACCGUGAAACACGGGGGUGGCAGCAUUAUGCUGUGGGGGUGCUUUGCAGCAGGAGGGAAUGGUGCACUUCACGAAAUAGAUGGCAUCAUGAGGAAGGAACAUUCUGUGGAUAUAUUGAAUUAACAUCUCAAGACAUCAGUCAGGAAGUUAAAUCUUGGUCGCAAUUGGUCUUCCAAAUGGACAAUGACCCCAAGCAUACUUCCAAAGUUGUGGCAAAAUGGCUUAAGGACAACAAAGUCAAGGUAUUGGAGUGGCCAUCACCAAGCCCUGACCUCAAUCCUAUAGAACAUUUGUGGGCAGAACUGAAAAAGCGUGUGCGAGCAAGGAGGCCUACAAACCUGACUCAGUUACACCAGCUCUGUCAGGAGGAAUGGGCCAAAAUUCACCCAACUUAUUGUGGGAAGCUUGUGGAAGGCUACCCGAAACGUUUGACCCAAGUUAAACAAUUUAAAGGCAAUGCUACCAAAUACUAAUUGAGUGUAUGUAAACUUCUGACCCACUGGGAAUGUGAUGAAAGAAAUAAAAGCUGAAAUAAAUAAUUCUCUCCACUAUUAUUCUGACAUUUCACAUUCUUAAAAUAAAGUGGUGAUCCUAACUGACCUAAGUCAGGGAAUUUUUACUAGGAUGAAAUGACAGGAAUUGUGAAAAACAGAGUUGAAAUGUAUUUGGCUAAGGUGUAUGUAAUCUUCCAACUUCAACUGUAAGUGACAAAAUGCAGGAUAAUUUGUCUAUGAUUGACGCUCAGUAAUAUAUUUAUCUUAUGUCCAGAAUGGGACCAGCAAGAGGACGUCAAGGCCAAGCAACAGGUAAGAUCACGCUCUAUUGGUGUCUCUCAGAAUCCCAUUCUUUGGUUUGUUAGACUUUUGACACAUUUGCUUAGCCACAACCAUAAGACAAAUUCCUAAUACAAAGUUUAAAAAAAAAGUUUAACAAACCAAACCAAACCAAGCCGGGGCGGCAGGUAGCUUAGUGGUUAAGAGCGUUGUGCCAGUAACCGAAAGGUCGCUGGUUCUAAUCCCCGAGCCGACUAGGUGAAAAAUCUGUCGAUGUGCCCUUGAGCAAGGCACUUAACCCUAAUUGCUCCUGUAAGUCACUCUGGAUAAGAGUGUCUACUAAAAUGUAUUUUUACAGAUUUAUUUGAUCAAAUCCAAUAAACUGCAAAGGUUCUGUUUUUUUGUGUGUUUUUUUACGCAUACUGUAUACAUUCGCAGGGGUCAGGAGAGGCGUCCACCUCCAUGUCUGUGUAUGCUGUGGAGUACGGCGUGCUGGACUUUAAUAGUAGACCCAGUGGAGGAGAGGGGAACAGGCAUGGGAGGGAGAGGGAGAGGGAGGGAGGAGUGGUGAGGCCUGCAGAGACAGUGGAAUAUGCCUCUAUCACCUUUCCCCCACAACAAAGGGUGUCAGAUGGGAGACAAUGA